AUGACGAGAAUGUCAUGUUCCUCCUAUUCACAACCACCCCAGCCUCAAGCUGGAAUAGGACUAGGAACCAUUCUAACCAUUUACAUAACUUGCAUCAUCAACGGGUUCGACGUAAGUAACGUUGCCAACAUCCAACCACAGCUUUAUGAGGCAUUCGGUCAUAUCGAGUUUCUUCCUUGGAUUGGACUCUCUUACUCCCUUGCCAACUUUGCUACAUUGGCCUUCGCUCGCAAAAUCAUCGAUGUUUUCAAUAUACGUUACGUGUAUAUUAUCAGCAUCGCUAUAUUUUUCGUUGGAGCGACCCUAGCCGGCGUGGCGGGCAACAUCUCCACGGUCAUCGCUGGCCGAGCGAUCAUGGGGAUUGGAGGCUCAAUCUGCCAGAACUGUGCCAUAUCAUACUUUGCCAUGUAUGCGACCGACAGUCAAAGUCCUCUUCUUUAUGGCGUCAUGAGUGGGUUGUGGGCAAUUGGCCUUGUAGUAGGAGGCCCAGUAGGCAGCGCCUUUGUGCAGAGCUCUGCCACGACUUGGCGUUGGGCUUUCUUCAUCAAUCUACCUUUCCUGGGCCUUGCCAUCAUCUGCGCCCUGAUUUUUGUGCCAGGCAGACCCGAAAGCAAUACUCUUCCUCUGCGAGAUCGCCUUGCUGAUAUUGACAUAUUGGGCAUUGUCCUUCAAGUAGCUACAACCGUGCUCUUCGCCAUCGCGGCCACCUUCUCUGGCCCGGUAUGGGAAUGGAGAUCGGCGCCCUGUAUCGCCAUGUGGACUACGUUCGCUAUUGUUUUUGCUGCUUGGGUUGUUCAACAGGUUUGCAGUUACCAGAAGCGACCUGACCAUCAGGUGGUCCCCAUCACGAUCAUGGCUCGGCGUCAUAUGAUACCUCUAUGGGUAGCAUCAGGUUGCGCCGGUGCUACGUACGCCAUUAUGCUCUAUUAUAUGCCGCUGUUCUAUGCUUUCUCCAAGGGGCUGGGCGCGCUACAACAAACUGUGCGUCUGUUACCUUUCAUUGUCCCUUUCAUUGUCACCGUGGUCAUCGUCGCUGCUUGUCUCCCAAGAGUAAAUCACUACGGCCUAAUCUACCUCUCUGGCGGUGCCGUCACACUCGGAUCGGCAAUAGCCCUUGCCACUACUCUUGCACCAAAUGUUUCCGAAAGUAAGGUCAUGGGCCUUACAGCUCUAGUGGGCGUGGGACUUGGCCUACACUUUCAACACAGCAACGCCAUCUCGAACCGGAUCCACAAAGAUCUCCGAGAUCGAAUUGAAUGCGCUGCGCUUCUGAACAUGAGCCUGAUGGGUGGUAUCUCUAUGGCAUUGAUCAUUGCAGGCGCUGUCUAUGAAAACCGCGGCAUGUCUUUGCUAAAGUCGGCUCUUGCGUCAUUCGAUUAUGAUGAAGGAGACCUGCGCGAGGCACUUGCAGGCGUCUCGAGGGAUACGGGGGGAGGAGAUGAGGCUCAUAGUAUGAUAGCGUAUGGCGCUGACGCAACAUGUAAAGCCAUUGCUCUCUUGUUCUACAUUGUCGCCUCCAGCGGCGCUCUUUGCUUAGCAUGCGGCGUACUCGCCGUAUUUGGUCGUUCUCGAACGAAGAAGUCGCAAUAG